UGGGUUUUAGAGCUUUUUGGUAGAAAAGUUUUAGUAAUACUUUCUAGUGUUUUCCGGAGGUUUUCCAGUGACAAUACUGCUCUAGAGAUUACAUUUAGAAUGAACCCUUCCCAACGGCCACGAGCGAAAGACCUGCCCUGUGUUUUUGCUAAUUUAGUUCCGUUAUAUCAAAAAUAUGGAUUAAAAGAAUGCGAAAUUAAAGAAUCACAAGUUAAACAGCAUGCAAGUAGUGAAGCAACAAAAAACCGUCUUCAAAUAUAUAAUACUUUUUUUCCUGAGUUAGAUCAGAUUCAAACGCGAUUAGAUAGUUUUUCUUUAUGCGAAAGACAUUAUAACCAACUUAUUGUAUCUAAUAACUUGUAUCAAAAUUUAUUAAAUUUAAAUUUGGUAAAUUACAAUUUUGAUAUUGAACCUAUAGAACAAUCUUAUGCAACAGAAGUAAAAAAUAAUAAUAAACAAACCAAUGAUAUUGGUAUACAAGUAUCUGAUAAUAUGUUACAAUCUCUUGAAAAUCACGUUCAUUUACUUCAAACACAAUUAAAUUCUAAAACAAAUGAAAUCGAAUAUCUUAAAAAACAAUUAGAGUAUGCGUACAAUUAUGUAGUAGAGAGUUGGGAUCUUAUUCAAGAAUUAAAUAAAAUAAAUAAAGAACUUUCUGAACAAAAUAAUACAUUAAAAUAUUCUCUUGACGUUUCAGACUAUUCAAAGUAUCAUGGAUUACAGCAAAAAACUCGUAAACAAUUACUAGAAAUAUUGCAAA